UAUGUGGUUUAGCAGAGCUCGGGUUAGCUUAAUGCUGGCGGUGUUGAUCUUUUAAUAUUUUUUUGGUUAUUUUUAUUUAUUAUUUAUUAUAGUAAUUUGAUUAUAUAUGUCAUUAUAAAGCUGAAUAUUUUGUAACCGCACUGUUACAGAUCGACACAGCGGCUAAUAAAGCGAUCGUUAGCAUUAGCCGCAGAUGGAAGGAACUUUACUGAUAUAACUCAGGAUCAUUAAUCAGUGACUGAGUGUGGAUGGUGAUUUUAUUGCUGCUGUUUAAACGGUGACGCUGUGAGAGAAAAAAGGUCGUGGGUGCAGCACUUCCUGAUCUUCUCGAUGGGUGAGGAGAAGGCCGAGACGCUGGAUUUCGUGAAGGAUUUUCAGGAGUAUCUGAGCCAGCAGACCCAGCAUGUGAACAUGAUCUCCGGCUCGGUGAGCGGCGUGAAGGACUCAGAAGAUCCAGGAGAUUUAGGACAGAAUGGUCUGGACCACCCGGGCGUGGACAUGUCCCUGGAGGACGGCUCCAGCAUGCUGGUGGACGGGUUCGAGAGGACGUACGAUGGGAAGCUGAAGUGCCGUUACUGUAACUACGCCACCAGAGGAACGGCACGUCUCAUCGAGCACAUCCGCAUCCACACCGGUGAGAAGCCCCAUCGAUGCCACCUGUGCCCUUUCGCUUCAGCGUACGAGCGCCACCUGGAGGCUCACAUGCGCUCUCACACCGGAGAGAAACCCUACAAGUGUGACCUGUGUUCGUUCCGCUGUAGCGACCGCAGUAACCUCUCUCACCACCGCCGGCGCCGCCACAAAAUCCUCCCCAUGAAGGGCAGCCGCUCCGCCCCCCUGUCCCACUGCAGACCCAUCGGGGCGCUGGCCAAAAGGGGAGGAGCCUUUUUAUACGGCCGCAAAAAAGAGGCGGCGAAAAACCUCCCGGCGAGUCCUGAGAGGAACGAGCUGGACACUCAGUACGUCCUGUCACAGAAGGACUGUGAGAACGAUUUGGAACACAACCCGCUGAACCAGCUCUCCGCUCUAGCCGGGCAGCUCUCCAGCCUCCCCUCAGAGGCGCCAGCUUCACCCAGCGCCGACUCUCUGCCCGAGGAGAAGCCCGUCUUUCUGAUCCAACCUCCGGCGCCCAUCUCCACCAGCGUCUCCUGUCCCGUCUCCACGCUGACGCCCACGCCCGAGAUCAGGGACGCGGCUCACGGCGGCCACUGCAGCGACAGGACCAGCACGCCCACCAACAGCGGCACGAACAGCCAGCCGGGGACGCCGAACCCGGCGCACGAACCUCAGCUGCUGCAGCACUGCCCGCACUGCCACAUCUACUUUCCUGAUAACGUGCUCUAUACCAUCCACAUGGGUUGCCAUGGCUAUGAAAAUCCCUUCCAGUGCAACAUCUGCGGCCACCGCUGCAGGAACAAGUACGAUUUCGCCUGCCACUUCGCCCGCGGGCAGCACAAACAGUAACCGGGCACAGAACUGACGGGCAUUCAGCUCCCGGGCAUCCUGAGUUUUUAAAUGUAUGUGUAAAAUGAGACGGAACCGACUGGCAUCGUCUCUAGGAUGUUGUGGUAUUUACCAGUCGGAUGGGGGGAUGGGGGGGGGGGGGGUAGUACAGCGUCUGUUUUAAUGUGAAACUGUGCCAUAGUUAAAUACACGACCAAAAGUAUGUAGACACACCAGCUAGUGCUAUUUAGGUUUUCAUUAUUUGAUCCUCUUUUAAAUCUAAUGGGAGCGUUCCAUCAGUGAUACAGUGAUUCCACAUCUACAGCCAAACACGGACAUCAGAGGAGCUGCUAAACACUCACAAAAUCAAAUGCCGAGUGUGUCACCACAAAUGAAUGAAACAGCACUCACUACUAAGUUCCAGACUGCAGCUGGAAGCAAUGUGAGCACCAAAGCUGUUUAUUAGAAGCUUAAGAUCCCUGUGAGGGGUAAAGCACACCACCAUUAGACUCCUGAGUGCACACUGUGAGAGAUGUAAUGUUAGAACCUGACUGUGCUGCACAGCACGAAUGGGAACACUGACUGUGAGUCCGGCUUUAUAGUGAUCAUCCAACAGUAGCCUAAUGGAUAAGGUACUGGACUAGCAAUCCAGAGGUUGUUGGUUCAAGCCCCACCAUCACCAGUUUGCCAGUGUUGGGCCCCUGAGCAAGGCCCCCAACCCUGUAUUGCUUUUAUUGUAUUUAGUCACAAUCUGAUAACUGCAGUGAAUGUAAUGCUGUAUAAAUCCCUGCAGUUACAUUCUGAACGUUAGUAAAAGCUUCACAGAGGAGUGAGGGCAGAUGAAGCAUGACGUGUUCCUGAGGGUGUCCACAUAUUUUUGGUGAUGUGAUGUUCCUGCUAAAUGUUCUCAUAAUGACUUCAUGUGUAACAGAAUGUUGUUAUUUUAAUGCUUUUAUUUUAGUAAACGUACAUCAGUGGUUCUAAUAACCCCCCAACACCCCCCCCCCACACACACACACACACACUCUCCUGUACGUUUGUUGUUUAUUUAGAUAUACUCAGUUUCCCUUUGUAUUUGUGGCCUGAUAUCCUGGCUGGUUGGGGACGGCUGCAGGUCAGUGGUGGAUUCUUGGAUGAGCACACUACACUCACUGUACUCCUCCACCACUUCUACUGAUCCCUCAACCAGCCAGCAGGAGGCGAAUAAACGUGAGGGAGUGUGUGAGUGAGGGAGUGUGAGUGUGAGUGAGUGUGUGAGUGUGUGAGGAAGUGUGUGAGGGAGUGUGAGUGUGUGAGUGAGUGUGUGAGUGAGGGAGUGUGUGAGUGUGAGUGAGUGUGUGAGUGAGUGUGUGAGUGAGUGUGUGAGUGAGUGUGUGAGGGAGUGUGAGUGUGUGAGUGAGGGAGUGUGUGAGUGUGUGAGGGAGUGUGAGUGUGUGAGUGAGGGAGUGUGUGAGUGUGUGAGGGAGUGUGUGAGGGAGUGUGAGUGUGUGAGUGAGUGUGAGUGUGUGAGUGAGGGAGUGUGUGAGUGUGAGUGAGUGUGUGAGUGAGUGUGUGAGUGAGUGUGUGAGGGAGUGUGAGUGUGUGAGUGAGGGAGUGUGUGAGUGUGUGAGGGAGUGUGAGUGUGUGAGGGAGUGUGUGAGGGAGUGUGUGAGUAAGUGUGUGAGGGAGUGUGAGUGUGUGAGUGUGUGAGGGAGUGUGUGAGGGAGUGUGUGAGGGAGUGAGAGUGUGUGAGGGAGUGUGUGAGGGAGUGAGAGUGUGUGAGGGAGUGUGAGUGUGUGAGGGAGUGUGUG